GGAAGGAGGCGAGCGGCGUCGGGACGAACAUGGCGACGGUGCUGCGAGGCUCCACGAAAUGGCUCUUCACCCGGGAACAAAUCGAAAAUACGCCGUCUCGCCGCUGCGGAAUCGAGCCAGACCGGGAAUUAUCUUACCGACAACAAGCUGCCAACCUGAUCCAGGACAUGGGCCAGCGGCUUAACGUCUCCCAGCUCACAAUCAACACUGCCAUCGUCUAUAUGCACCGAUUUUAUAUGCUAAACUCCUUCACAAAGUUCCACCGAAAUAGCAUCUUUCCCACCACUCUAUUUUUAGCUGCUAAAGUGGAAGAGCAACCCCGGAAACUUGAACACGUCAUUAAAGUGGCACACGCCUGUCUUAAUCCGCAAGAACCUCCACUGGACACCAAUAGCAAUACGUACCUCCAACAAGCACAAGAGCUGGUGCUUCUAGAAACCAUAGUGCUGCAAACACUGGGCUUUGAGAUUACUGUAGAUCAUCCACACACAGAUGUGGUGAGAUGUUCCCAGCUAGUGCGAGCGAGCAAGGACUUGGCCCAGACCUCCUAUUUCAUGGCUACCAACAGUCUGCACCUGACCACGUUCUGCCUGCAGUACAGACCCACGGUGGUGGCGUGCGUGUGCAUCCACCUGGCCUGCAAAUGGUCUAACUGGGAGAUUCCCAUCUCGUCGGACGGUAAACACUGGUGGGAGUAUUUGGACCCCACAGUCACCCUGCAGCUUCUAGACCAGUUAACGCACGAGUUUCUACAGAUUUUGGAGAAGACACCCAGCAGGUUGAAAAGGAUCAGAAACUGGCGGGCCACUCAAGCUGCUAAAAGGUCCAAAACAGAGAGCCAGUCGGUGGGGGGCUCCUUUCAGGUUCCUGGCCACGAGAACCUGCUGGUUGACAGUAAGGCUGAUUUGAUGGAGAGCAUGUACCCGGAUGUGUCCUCCGCUUUGUUCCCGUUAGACACCCUCAACGGCCUCGCCAACCCGAGCUCCUCGUACGUCCAGGCCGACGCCCACUCGAGCUUACAGGGAGUACCGAUCGGCAGCAAGCCGCAACAAACAGCCACCAAUAAACUGAGUCUGGAGAAGUACAGGGAGAAACAAGCGGCCGAGCUGCUGCAGCGCCGCAAACACGGCCACCUGCUGCCCGAAACCGCGGCUCUGGCGUCGUCGUCCUCGUCGUCUUUAUCGGCGGUGCUGAUGUCCUCAGCGUCAUCAUCUUCCUCGUUGGCACGGGUUAAAUAUGGUCAGUCCGGACAGGAACGGGAGAUGAAGAGUGGCUCACUGAAACGGCGUCACCCUUCAUCCUCCUCUUCCUCCACGGAAAACGGCGCAGCGAGUCAGGAGGAGCUAAAGAUGAAGAUCAAAAUGUCCGAGAGCGGCGGUAAGAGCAGACACAGCCCUCGCUCGGGUCGGGAGAAACACCGAGCUUCGAAACACGACGCCGCGCACUCGCACGCACACUCUCACACAACUGCUCACGCGCACGGCAGCCACCACAAAGCUCACCGCUCCUCUAAGAGCCAUGCCGGCUCUGCCCCCCUGCCCCCAGCGCCCGGCCACACCCAGCUGGGGAAGAUGGACAGGAGGCCGGGGGAGGGGCCGAGUGCCGAGAGUACAGCUCCUCUGUUACUCAACGGCCAGCACAUGGACUACGCAGACACGUUCAACAUGCUCGACUCGCUGCUCAACGCACACAACAUGAACUACUAAAGUGCACGCAAUCAGAUUAUUAAAAACUGUUCAAAAGUUUCUUUUUUUAAAAGAACUGUUUUAAGUUAGGGUCAGAUGGUCCGUUUCUUUCAUAUUCACCUCUUAAUUUAACCAUGUCGCUCCGCUGAAAAGGAAAAAAACAAAAACAAAAAAAAACCAAGAAGGGGGGAAAAGAAGUAGUUGUUGUAUGUUAAAGUGUAUCACAGUUUUAAAGUGUACUAUGUGAAGAGCAGCCUGUGAGACACUGUAUUGUUUUAAUCCCGGCUGUAGUGAUGGAAGGACAACAGAUUACGAGACUAAAGCAGAGGUGGAACAUGUCUGCGUUUGUACUAUAAACUUGAUUUUUUAUUUUAAUUUUCAAUUCAAAGGGAUAAAUUUUGAAAAGACGUUGACUGUUUUACGGGAGGCACAGAUAACCCUUUGCUCGUUCACCCCUCCCCCUCCCCCCUUUUAAAAUGCUAUGUCUGUAAUUCUCACAACGCUCAGGUUUGGAGAUGCUUCAGCGUGUAACAUGACACCUACGAACGUAUCUAGCGAACUCCUAGCAUCUCGAAGCUCCUGCUUUUUACCUCCAGCGAUGGCGUGAGGGCGUUCGUCCACUCCAUUCCAUCGCCUUAACAUCGUGAGAGGCUUUCCCUCGGCUUGUCGGCGUUCCCCUGCCCUCCUACCUCAUUAGCCCUUUAAACAGAGUCGCGGAAGCCUGAGAAUCGCACCCUCCCGUAAUCUCGUUCAUUCGUUCGUAAGCGAGGGUCGAAGAAGGUCUGCUCUGCUAAACCGCUUGUUUUUCAGCAGAGUCAGUUUAAGAGAUUUGUAUAAACGAUGUGAAUUUCUCACGGCGAGGCUUAAUCUCAGAUAAUUCUUCCUUUAUCGCCUCCUCAGACGGAUAGCCAGGAGUUCUGUGUCCUAAGGUGUGUAAACCAUCCCAGUACGAGAGGGAUCAGGAUGCGCUAGUGUUACAUGGGAUAUAAAGAAUAAGAAAGUUUCUUUUUAAUACUGCGAUACAGGAUCUGUAUGAUGUAAGAAAGAAAGAAAGAAAGAAAGAAAAAAAACCUGCCAGUCUUCAGAUUCCUGAAGGGUCUCGUAGCGCAGUGCCUCAGUGUAACGCCUCCAUUUUGAGAUCUCAAGGAGAGUUUAGGGGGUUUCUGUUGUUUUAGUUUUAAACCCCUUGGUGUUCUCUUUAGGAUGCCGCAGUUCUCUGUAACAGCCUGGAAUUUGAGUCACAGUUUGGUGAUGGUCAUGUUGGAUGAUUAAUCUAAUAAACCACCCUGAGAAACAAAA